UUCGUAUCCCCUCCGCAGUGCCCAAUGUCCCGCUCCCGGAACUCCGCGGGCUCCUGGCUCGUCGACGUGAGAUCUCGAGAGGGGGCGGCCGCGGGAUCCAUCCCCGGGGCGCUCAACAUACCGGGUACAGAAUUUGCGGGGAGCCACCCCCAGGCCUCCGGAGAGGGGCUGGUUGAGGCGGAUCCUGGCGGUGGAGCCGGCCCUUCCAACCUGGGGGAGCCAUGGUGGGAAAGGGCUGCCACCCGCACCCUCCAGGCCCCAUCACCGAGGCUGUGUCCCCUCCUCAGUUCAUGGGAAGCGGCUUCUGAAUUACAGUGCAGCUGGGCUGUGUCUUGUCCUUGAGUUCUGGGGUUGUUUUGGGGCCCUCUGGAGAUUUGUUCUACCAUGGGGACCCAGUUCUUCCAGGCGUCACCUCUGAACCUGAGAUUGCCUAGCUGCCUCCUCCCGUUGUCUAAGUUGGAAAGUGCCCUGCAGAUGAAACCUGCUGCUCUCCAGGCUUCGUGCUCCGCAGAGGAGCCGAAGCUUGAAGACGACUACCUCAUUUUUUGUCAGACGGGUAGGCGGGGCUUGCAGGUCAGGCAGCUCGCCCUGGGUCUUGGAUACAGAGGGUAUGGGGGAGGUGGGGUGCUGGUCGGGGUAUAAUGGCGCUGCCUCCCUGCCUGCCCUCCUUUGCUCACCCCUCCUUGUCUCCACAGGGCUCCUACUUGCCCGGGGCCUGUAGAGAAUGGUUCCUGAAAGGUCAGGUAGAAGUGGGCGCACAGUCAGCCCACCCCCGGAGCACCUCUAGUGAGUGUGAGGAAGGCGCUGUUGUUGGGCUGGGCAAGGCCUUAGGGUGCUUUGCACACAAAAGCACCAAAAUAAAGAACAUUUAAUAAAA